CUCAUACACCCAGAGACAGCUUGUACUGUACGAACGCGGAAAAAUGGCCCAACAUGAUUACCAGACGAUGCCUCGAGGGACCUACCUGCAUUCGACACUUCAUCUGAUUUGAGAGGGGUUAGGAAAUGGGGACUUUUCAUUUAUUUGUGUUUGUACUGCUCGGAGUACCUACAAGAUUGGACGUUUCAGUGAAGGCCCAGGCCAGCGAGCGGCGUGUCCUGGCCUACAUUCCCGGUGACAUCAUCAUCGGAGCGCUCUUCUCUGUCCACCAUCAACCUCCGGCCGAUAAGGUCCACGAGCGCAAAUGCGGAGCCGUGCGAGAGCAGUACGGUAUCCAGCGGGUGGAGGCCAUGAUGCACACCCUGGACCGCAUCAACGCCGACCCCUACAUCCUACCCAACAUCACGCUGGGUUGCGAGAUCAGAGACUCCUGUUGGCAUUCAGCUGUGGCUCUGGAGCAGAGCAUUGAGUUCAUCCGUGACACCCUGGUGUCGGCAGAGGAGGAGGAGGGCAUGUCCAAGUGCUCCUCUGAAGAUGGAAGUACACCCUUGAAAGGGAAGAAGCCCAUUGUGGGACUCAUCGGACCUGGGUCCAGCUCUGUGGCCAUCCAGGUUCAAAAUCUCCUACAGUUAUUCAACAUUCCUCAGAUUGCAUAUUCAGCUACCAGUAUGGAUCUCAGUGAUAAAUCUUUGUACAAGUACUUCAUGAGGGUGGUGCCCUCCGAUGCCCAGCAGGCCAGAGCUAUGGUGGACAUUGUCAAAAAAUACAACUGGACCUACGUAUCAGCCAUUCACACUGAAGGAAACUAUGGUGAGAGCGGGAUGGAGGCCUUCAAAGACAUGGCUGCCAAGGAGGGUAUCUGCAUCGCCCACUCUGACAAGAUCUACAGCAAUGCCGGUGAGCAGAGUUUUGACAGACUUCUCGAUAAGCUCAGAAGCCACCUGCCCAAAGCUCGCGUGGUGGCCUGCUUCUGCGAGGGCAUGACCGUCCGCGGCAUCCUCAUGGCCAUGAGACGGCGACGCCUAGUCGGGGAGUUCCUAUUGGUUGGCAGUGAUGGAUGGGCAGAUCGCUAUGAUGUCACAGACGGCUUUCAGAGAGAGGCAGCGGGCGGCAUCACGAUCAAGCUACAGUCUGCGUACGUCACAUGGUUUGACGACUACUAUUUGAACCUGCAGCUAGAUACCAACUUCCGGAACCCCUGGUUCCCCGAAUUCUGGCAGCAUCGAUUUCAAUGUCGACUAAAGGGCCAUCCUCAAGAGAGCAUCAAAUAUAACAAGACCUGCACCAAAAAGGAGUUGCUGCGACACCAGUACGCUCAGGACACAAAGAUGGGCUUUGUGAUCAACGCCAUCUACUCCAUGGCUUACGGUCUUCACGCCAUGCAGAAAUCUCUGUGUCCCGGUUACAUGGGUCUUUGUGACGCCAUGCGGCCGAUUGAUGGAGGUAAACUCUUAGAAUUCCUCAUGAGGACAAACUUCACCGGAGUUUCGGGGGAAUUGGUGCUGUUUGAUGAGAACGGAGACUCUCCUGGGAGAUAUGAGAUCAUGAACUUUAAGCAGAUGAGUGAAGAAGACUACAGCUACAUCCACGUGGGUAGCUGGGACAACAGCGGGCUGAAGAUGGAUGAUGAGGAGAUUUGGGCAAAUAGAAGUGCCAUCAUCAGAUCAGUGUGCAGCGAUCCUUGUGAGAAAGCUCAGAUUAAGGUGAUCCGAAAGGGUGAGGUGAGCUGCUGCUGGACAUGCACUCCCUGUAAAGAGAACGAGUUUGUGUUUGACGAAUACACCUGUCGUGCAUGCGAGCUCGGAUCGUGGCCUACCGACGACCUGACAGGAUGUGAACCCAUCCCAGUGCAGUUUCUUCUGUGGGGGGAUCCAGAGCCCAUUGCCGCUGUGGUCUUUGCCUGCCUCGGCCUUCUUGCCACCAUAUUCGUCACCUUAGUUUUCAUCAGGUUCCACGACACGCCGGUGGUGAAAUCCUCCAGCAGGGAGCUGUGCUUCAUCAUCCUGGCUGGCAUCUGCAUUGGGUACCUGUGUACGUUUUGCCUGAUCGCCAAACCACACUUGGUCUACUGUUACCUGCAGAGGCUGGGCAUCGGACUCUCACCUGCCAUGAGCUACUCCGCCCUGGUCACCAAGACCAACCGCAUCGCUCGCAUCCUCGCUGGCAGCAAGAAGAAGAUCUGCACCAAGAAGCCCCGCUUCAUGAGCGCUUGCGCCCAGCUGGUCAUUGCCUUCAUCCUCAUUUUCAUUCAGCUGGGCAUCAUUGUGGCUCUCUUCAUCAUGGAACCACCUCAAGUCAUCUAUGACUACCCGUCCAUAAAGGAGGUGCACCUCAUCUGCAAUACCACCACGAUCGGGGUUGUGGCGCCAUUGGGUUACAACGGCCUGCUCAUCCUCAGCUGCACCUUCUACGCCUUUAAGACCCGAAACGUUCCUGCCAAUUUCAACGAGGCCAAAUACAUUGCAUUCACUAUGUACACCACGUGCAUUAUCUGGCUCGCUUUCGUGCCAAUUUAUUUCGGCUCGAACUACAAGAUAAUCACCAUGUGUUUCUCUGUGAGCCUCAGCGCCACCACCGCGCUUUGCUGCAUGUUCGUACCCAAGGUCUACAUAAUGCUGGCUAAACCUGAGAGGAACGUGCGCAGCGCGUUCACCACGUCGACUGUUGUGAGGAUGCACGUGGGUGACGGGAAAGCUGCCUCGGCGGCUAGCCGCUCCAGCAGCAUGGCUAACUUGUUUAGGCGCCGAACGUCUGGCUCAGAGACUGUCAGUUCGAAUGGCAAAAGUGUGACCUGGGCACAGAACGAAAGAGGCUACCGGCCAAACUUGUGGAAACGGAUCUCUGUUCACAUUAAGAAAAAGGAAGAAACCAACCAGACGGCCAUUAUUAAACCCUUCUCCAAAGGCUGCGACCGACCUCCAGACUCCGGGUUGAAGCUGGUAUACGAGGGACCUCAAAAAACCCAACGCUACCCUGUAACCUACCGCCCCGGUGCACCUUCUCCUCUCCCCACCGUGUGCCAGCCUACGCAGAGGCACGUGGAGGAAGACCGCGAUGAUGAACGUGCGCCGAUCGUGCACGUACCCUCCUACCUGACCGAGCGCCUGCAUCACGGUGGCCCGCCCCAGACUUCUAUCAUGGAUCAGAUAAGCUGCGUCGUCAGUCGGUUCACAGCCAACAUAAGCGAGCUAAACAGCAUGAUGCUGCCCGGUUCACCACCUGGGUCGGCGGUAAACUCCGCCCCGCCAGUCCCCAGACCCUGUUCACCCUCAUACAGGCUUCACCCACAGGAAAGGUCGCACCCCACCACCGUCACCACCUACGCUGAUGUAGUGGCUUCAGCGAACACCAGCCAUCGGUCCGCGGUUGGCAUUGCCGGGGGCAUUAUAGCAGGUGGCAGCAGCAGGGCAUCACCCGCCAGUCUUUACGAUAGCACUUACGACACCCACACUUCAUGUGCGGUGAGGAACACCGAUUUGGAUGACCUGGGCGCCCUGACACCCCCUUCCCCAUUCAGAGACUCCUCAGUGGACUCGAUUAGCGAGUCUCCUACAUCUCCGGCUUCAGAGAUGCCGCUGUGCGAGCCCUGCUCCCCGAUAUACGACCAGCUGGUGCUUAGGCACUACAGCCAAAGUUCUUCUUCUCUCUGAGAGAUGAAGGAAGCAGACAGCCAAGAGGCAGCUACUUAAAGCAUGCAUCUGCUUAGAUUGCAUAACUGAACUGUAAAUGUCAAGAAAUGUACGCUAUUAAUGUAGAAAAACUCAACGAGGACAUUUUAUGGUGCUUGGAAUCCGGCCCGUCCUCAAAAUAAGGAAAGUGAGAGAUCUGGCACACCACUUAACUGCUUUUCAGAUUAUUAAGGAUGCACUGGAUAUGCUUUCAGGUUAAGAGCACGCUGAGGACCUCGAGGACUAGUUUACAGUCACUUUCGAUGUUUAUCAGUCUGCGGACUGAAAGCGUUAACAUUCCUAUGACGUCAGUCCACACAGGUGUGUAAAAUAACAUCAGUGUGCACCAGGUGAUGUAAAGAUGUUUUACAUUUGAAGCUAGCCUAUAAGCAAGUAAACAUCUUGCACAGUUGUUCACAUACUCAGUGUGUUUGAAUGUAGGACCAAACAGACAGUAGAGUCUUUAGUUUAAAUACAUAGAUUUAAUAUCGCUCAUUUUCUUCAUUGCAUUAGGUCAGAGGUUGCAUGUUGUGCCACUUUCACAUCUCAUGAAAAUAAAUAUAUUUUUCUUAGCAAAUCAGACAAAAUGGAUAUAAGGGAAAGUUUAUUUAUAAACAUAGGACAAGAUUGUCACUUUAGACAAUGUGUCUUUCAAGAACAAUGUUUAUCAGCCAGAGGGUGUCUAAUCUUAAACACAGCAAACACGGAACGUUCCCAGAAUGUUAGUUUUUGGUUCCUAAAAGUUUUUUUUGGAAAUAAAACAUUUUUUUUGGUUCUAUAGACGGUUUCAUCUUAACAACAUAAACAAACGUAACUGCGCAUGUGCAAUUUUGUAACCCCAAUUUAACUUCUGGUACACAUUCAUUAACAAUAGUGCCUGUAGAUUAUUUGUGAUUACAAUUAAUGAAACUGAGAAAAAAUGUUACUUAACUAAACUUCUCUCUAACAUUUCCGAUACCAAGCUCAACCUCUAGAUGUCAACUUACCAUAUGGUUUGUUUAAAAAUGCGUAAGGACCCAUUCAACAAAUUGUUUAUUUUAUAAAAUGAACAUACAACACAAUUCAACAAAUCAUUUAUUUUAUACAAUUAUUAUACAAUAAAAUAAUAAUAUAAAUUAAUAUUCAUAUAAAUUUAAUUAAAUAUAAAUAAUUGUAUUACUAGAGACUAACCAAACACAAACCGGAAGUUAACUGAGGGAAUAUAUGGUCCGAUACGGACUGUACCGAUAGGGUAGUCUCAGCCUCAGCAACGUCUGAUGCAAAAGAAGUACUUUUCUGGAAAGUAUGCAUGUUUUCUGGAAACACUUCAGCAGGUUCGAAGUCGACAUCUGAUUGGUUGAAUUUCACACUUUGACACGUUCGUGAAUGUGCACCGUUCUGUUAGUGCGGGGACAUUUCCACGCCUCUAAAUAUGACGCUACACAAAACGAAACAUGAUUGGUUGCUUUACCUGUCAGUAAUAUGUUCUCUUUCUUUGCCUUCGCCAAAGAAAGCGGUGAUAGAUUCUGGCUACGCGAGACUACCGAUAGGGUAACGUUCUGGGAAACAGAAACUAAUGUUCUAUUUCCGUAAGCAAAACUUUCCUGGAUAUCAAAAACACAUCUUAAAAACGUUCUGGGAACCAAAAUUGUUAGCUGGGUCCAGACUGUCUCAGCAUUACUUUAAUUUAGGGAAGACUCACUCUAAUCUGACAAUUAAAGAGAAGACAAAAUAAAUGCCUCCUGCAGACUACAGAUAAUAAGAAAAUAUUUUACAAAUAUUUUUUAAGCAAUAUAUAUGCAUAGGUUGCAUAAGAAGUUAACAUAAAAUUAUUUAAAGGGAUAGUUCCCCUCUUGUAAUUUCACAAAAGAAGAUAUUUUGAAGAACAUUGGUUACCGAACAAUGGCGAUACCCAUUCACUUCUAUUGUACGGACACAAAAACAAUGCAAGUCAAUAGUACCGCUGUUGUUCGGACAGAAUUUUCAUUUUGAGAGGGAACUAUAACUUUAAUUUGCAAAUCAUUCCUUUGUUUUAAACCAUUUAGAUAUGAGCCAAAUACCUAACAAUUCCUGUCAGCUUUACACUGUGGACAUAAUUAAUGACUCUUAUACACCGGGCAUUACAGUUUUGACUCUCUUGGUUAAUUUAACCUGAAAUUUUCCCAUUAAAGAUAAGAUUUUGUAUUUAGGUUUAGGCGCUCAGGCUUAUAUUAGAAGCGCAUCUUGUAACUCCCAACAAACAUUUUUUCUUUAAAUCAAUGUGCAAUAUUCUUGAAUUGGUGUACUGUAAGGUCACACGUUUGCAUGCAGAACAGUGCCAUUAGCUGAAUUAAGUGCUUAAUGUUCUUUGGAGAACUUUUGUACAUUUUCUAAAAGUCUUUUGCAUUUCUCGCUCUUUUGCCUUUUCGGAAAGAAGUUCAUAGAAUGUAGAUUUCGGCCAUGUGUGUUAUGUAUUUUUCCACUAACCAUUUGUGCUGAUUCGAUAUGACGGUCAUAGUGGAUUAAGCUUUGUGAAAUUGGGAAGAAUGUAGCUUGCAAUAUUUCUGUUAGUUUGGACUUUCAUUUACGAUGUGAUAAGUCUUUUUUAAUUUCUAAGAAGUGUGUAAAAUAUCAGUUUUAUUUGAGUGUUAUUAAAAGGGAAUUCAA